AUGAGCAGUGAAGUAUCAAGCUCAGGAGCCUGGUGGGCGCAAUGGAACCCAGACGAUAUCAGCGUGGGCAGCGAGGAAGUGUCAGACGCUUGGAAAGUGUGUGUCAUCGACGGAGUGUACUUCGGCGGAAACGCGUACAGUGGGUCUCUAGGAGCGCGUAUCUCGUCGAUUUUCGUGAUCUUGGUCGUUUCCACCCUGUGCACUCUGUUCCCCGUGGUGGCCAGCCGUGUCAAAUGGCUCAAAGUGCCUCGCUACGUGUACUUGUUUGCGCGUUACUUCGGUACCGGUGUAAUCGUGGCUACAGCUUUCAUCCAUUUGUUGGACCCUGCAUACGGCGAAAUCGGCCCAUCCUCGUGUGUGGGUCGUAGUGGCCAUUGGGAAGACUACGCCUGGUGUCCUGCCAUCGUGCUUGUCACCGUGUUCAUUGUGUUUUUGGUCGACUUGGCCAGUGAUGUCUUUGUCCAGCGCCGUUACGGUGUCAAGCACAACCAUGGCGGCGACAACAUCGAAACUGCCAUCGUGAAAAACAACGUCAACACCGCUCCUCACACCACAGACCUAGAAAUCGACGGCCACGCUCAUGCCAUGAACGUUGCUGACUCUGACGAGAAAAGCAAGAAGUCGUACGACCUGGUUUCCAACGCCAGCACUGAAGUCAUUAUGCAAUCGUUCGAAAGCCAGAUCGCCGCGUUUUUGGUGCUGGAAUUUGGUGUCAUUUUUCACUCUGUUAUGAUAGGUUUGAAUCUCGGAACCACCGACGACGAGUUCAGCACCUUGUACCCCGUUCUAGUGUUCCACCAGUCGUUCGAAGGUUUGGGUAUUGGUGCCCGACUCUCUAACAUUGAAUUCCCUAAGGGCAAGGAAUGGUGGCCUUACGCUUUGUGUGUCGCAUACGGUUUGGCUACUCCUAUCUGUGUAGCCAUCGGUUUGGGUGUCAAAAACACCUACGACGGCAACUCUUACUCCGUCAAUGUGGUUUCUGGUGUCUUAGACGCUAUUUCUGCCGGUAUCUUGAUUUACACAGGUUUAGUCGAGCUUUUGGCCCGUGAUUUCAUUUUCGACGAAAACAGAACAAAUGAUGUCCCAAGACUCUUGUUCAUGGUCAUUUGCACGCUAUUUGGUGCGGGUUUGAUGGCAUUGCUCGGUAAAUGGGCUUAA